AUGGCCGGCACCAGCGCAAGCGCACUGCCCCCGGCAAGGAGGAGCCGUUUCCUUCUUGUUGGCGGCACCAUCCACCCGCCCCUGCCAGCGUAUGAUUGCUCCAAGAAGUCGGCCGAAGCAUGCCUUGCGACGGGGACGGCGUGCUGCAGCGGCCAGUGCGUGGACACUGUCGCCAGCGUCCAACACUGCGGCGGCUGCAACAAAGCAUGCAAGCUUGGCCGGACGUGCUGCGGUGGACGCUGUGUGGAUCUCCUCUCCGACAAGAAGAACUGCGGCACCUGCUCUAAUAAGUGCAACAAGAAGUGCAGCUAUGGAUUCUGCGAUUACGCGCAGUAA